AUGAUCUUUAUAUUCACUCUUUGUGCAAGUUUCUUUUCUUUUUUGAUUUCUUUUCCUUCUUUAUCUUUCUUUUUUGCCCUUUUGCUUUGUUCUCCUCUUUUUCCUUGUUUUGCUCCUUUCAUUCUGUUUAUUUUUCUUCCUUUUCUUUCUUUUCUUUCUUUUUUCUUUUUCUCAUUUUCUUUCCUUUUCUUUCUUUUUUCUUUUUUCUUCAUUUUUCAUUCUUUUCCUCCUAUUUAUUAUUCUUUCCUUUUCUUUCUUUUCCUCCUUUUUUUCUUCUUGUUCCUUUCUUUUUCUCAUUUUCUUUGUUUUCUUGCCUUUUCUUUUCUCUUCAUUUUUCAUUCUUUUCCUCCUAUUUAUUAUUCUUUUUCCUUUCUUUUUUUUUUCCUCCUUUUUUUUUUUUUUUUUCUUUCUUUUCUCAUUUUCUUUCCUUUUCUUUCCUUUUCUUGCCUUUUCAUUUUUCUUCAUUUUUCAUUCUUUUCCUCCUAUUUAUUAUUCCUUCCUUUUCUUUCUUUUCCUCCUUUUUUCUUCUUGUUUCUUUCUUUUUCUCAUUUUCUUUCCUUUUCUUUCCUUUUCUUGCCUUUUCUUUUUUCUUCAUUUUUCAUUCUUUUCCUCCUAUUUAUUAUUCUUUCCCUUUCUUUUUUUCCUCCUUUUUUUCUUUUUCUUUCUUUCUUUUUCUCAUUUUCUUUCCUUUUCUUUCCUUUUCUUGCCUUUUCUUUUUUCUUCAUUUUUCAUUCUUUUCCUCCUAUUUAUUAUUCCUUCCUUUUCUUUCUUUUCCUCCUUUUUUCUUCUUUCUUCUUUUCCCUUCUUCUCUUUUUCUCUUUCUUUCUUCCUCUUUUUGCUUUUUCUUUCCUUUUAUUUCUUUUCCUCAUUUUCUUUCUUUUUCUUCUUCCUUCUUUUCUUUCUCUUUCUUUAUUUACUCCCUUUUUCCUUUUUUCUUUCUCUUUUUCCUUUUUUUUUUUCUUACACUUUCUUUCUUUUAUCCUUCAUCCGUGUUUUUCUUUGUUUUUUUUUUCUCCACCCUUUCUUUCAUUUUUUCUACUUUUCUUUCAUUUUCUUCCAAAUUCUCCUCCCAUCCUUUUCUUUCCUGCCAAUUUACUUCCUUUCUUCAUCAUCCGUUUUUCUUUUUAUGUUAUUGUCACUUUACCUCCUUUCCUCCUUUUCAAAUUUCGAUCCCUUUCCAAACCUACGAUGCCUUGCAACCCAACGAAUCAUAUAUCAAUUUCUUUUCAAAGGAUCUGUUCAUAUCUAUUUAUCUAUCUCAGUUUUUCAUAUCUAUCUCUCUACCCAUCUCUCUCAGUCUUUUCACUAUCUAUCUAUCUAUCUAUCUAUCUAUCUAUCUAUAUAACAGUCUUUUCAUUAUGUAUCUACCUAAGUCUUUUCAUACCUAUCUAUCUCAGUCUGUCCUUAUCUAUCUAUCUGUUUAUCCUUAUCUAUCUCUGUUCAUGUCUAUCUAUCUAUCUAUCUAUCUAUCUAUCUAUCUAUCUUUGUUCUUAUCUAUCUAUUUUAGUCUGUUCUUAUCUAUGUAUCUGUUUUCAUAUCUAUCUAUUUACCUAUGUAUCAGUCUUUUCAUUAUCUAUCUAUCUACCUAAGUCUUUUCAUACCUAUCUAUCUCAGUCUGUUCUCAUCUAUCUAUCUAUCUAUCUAUCUAUCUAUCUAUCUAUCUAUCUAUCUAUCUAUCUAUCUAUCUCAGCCUGUUCAUGUCUGCCUGUCUAUCUAUCUUACUUUCUCUACCUUAGUUUGUUCAUAUCUAUCUAUCUAUCUAUCUAUCUAUCUAUCUGUGAGGUAUGGAUUCUUGAUUAUUCUGAUAUUAUUAAAACAAUAUACUUUUCUAUCUAUCUAUCUAUCUAUCUAUCUAUCUAUCUAUCUAUCUAUCUCAGUCUGUUCAUGUCUGUCUGUCUAUCUAUCUCAGUCUGCUCUUAUCUAUCUAUCUCUCUCUCUCUCUCUCUCUCUCUAUCUAUCUAUCUAUCUAUCUAUCUAUCUAUCUCAGUCUGCUCUUAUCUAUCUAUCUAUCUAUCUAUCUAUCUAUCUAUCUAUCUCAGUCUGCUCUUAUCUAUCUAUCUAUCUAUCUAUCUAUCUAUCUAUCUAUCUAUCUAUCUAUCUAUCUCACUUUCAAUUUUUUUUUUUGUUCUCUCAAUGAUUCACUUCCUUGUUUAUUUUGUUCAUUAUUUUAUUGCAUUUCCCUUUCUGAUUCCUUCAUUUCUUUUUAAAUUUCUUUAG